AUGGCACAUUCGAGGAAGGGCAUGUACAACACUGUCACUGGUGAGAAGAGCUAUAGGAUGGCCUACGAGAAAAGCGGUGAAUUAAAAACAUUGGCUCUUUUGGACCGGGAAAGGGUCCCCGUGUACAACCUGAUUGCCAGGGCCACUGAUGGUGGUGGCAGGUUCUGCCAAUCUGACAUCCACCUGAUCCUGGAGGACGUGAACGAUAACCCCCCUGUGUUUUCUUCCGAGCACUACAAUGCCUGUGUCUAUGAGAACACGGCCACCAAGGCUCUCUUGACCAGAGUUCAAGCCGUGGAUCCUGAUGUUGGGGGCCCUGCUUUCUUCUAUGGCAUAGAACCUCACAAUCAUGUUGCCAGUGCUACCCAGCAGAGCUGGUGCCAGCCCAACUGUCCUUCAUCCCAGCCGACGGCAGCUCCCUCUGAGUCAUCCUGGGAUCUUCUCUUUCUCUCACGGCAGAAAACAGUCUUUUCUCACCACCUCCAAGUUGACAACACACCCGGGAUCGCUCCCUUCUCACCACCUACGUGUUCAGAACAAGCUGACCUCUUCUCACCACUCAGAGGCCACCACCAGUGCAAGCCACCACUGUCACGUGCCUGCGUUCCUGCGGGCGUCAGCCAGCUGUCCCUGCUUCCUCGCUUGCCGCCCUUCCUUCUCUUCACAACCAGCAGCCUGAGUGAUCCUCGCAGACCGUCAUCGAACAGCAUUCUUCUCACUAACGUUCUUGUGUCUCCCACAGGCAUCAACAGGAAGGUGGUGUAUUCCCUGGCCGACUCUGCCGAUGGGUUCUUCUCCAUCGACAGCUCAUCAGGCAUCAUUAUCCUAGAGCAGCCGCUGGACCGAGAGCAGCAGCCCUCCUACAACAUCAGCGUCCAGGCCACCGACCAGAGCCCCGGCCAGGCUCUCUCCUCUCUUGCCACGGUCACCAUCACUGUCCUGGACAUUAAUGACAACCCCCCUGUGUUUGAGAGGAGGGACUACCUGGUGACGGUGCCUGAGGACACCUCCCCUGGCACCCAAGUGCUUGCUGUUUUUGCCACCAGCAAAGAUAUUGGCACAAAUGCUGAGAUUACGUAUCAAAUCCGGUCUGGGAAUGAACAAGGGAGAUUUAGAAUCAACCCAAAGACAGGGGGUAUUUCUGUCUCUGAAGUGCUGGACUAUGAAUUAUGCAAAAAGUUUUACCUGGUGGUGGAAGCCAAAGAUGGGGGCACCCCAGCUCUCAGUGCCGUGACCACCGUCAGCAUCAACCUCACGGAUGUGAAUGACAACCCUCCCAGGUUCAGCCAAGAUGUCUACAGUGCCGUCAUAAGUGAAGAUGCCUUGGUCGGGGACUCUGUCAUUUUGGUAGGUGCCAGUGGGAGAUCCAGAUGUCUGGGACUAAUAAUUCUACUAAAGAGAGUGAAAAACGUGAGCAAAGUCUGUCUCGGAUUCUUGUCACACUCUCUCUUUAUGGGUCCUUUUGUCCCCGAGGACUCUAGUCAGUCACCAGUCUUUCAACUGUUCUUUCUCCUUCUGUACAUUGGAAGGGUCUGAUAAAUUCAUUUAUACCAAAGUUUAAGUGUCUGAUAAU